GAGACAACAGAUGCGAGUGAUAAAGAUGAGGGCGUGGGGACUAUUUUCAAAUUUAGAAGAGAAACAAAUUCGGAUGGAAAUGCCAACUGCGGUACGAAGCGGCGCGUCAAACGCAUAGGAGUGCGCAACGAGGCUGGCGAAAUGACCGGACUUAAGGAGGUGGAUUUGGAUGAACUAUUGGAUUUGAUGACGGUGCAGAAACUGAAGCCAAAACGGGAGGUGAACGGGAAAGUAAAGGGGGGUGUAGAACAAGAAGGGAAAGUUGAAAGUGGAAACAGGGACGGGCAGGGUGAUGGAAGUGUCAUUCCAGGGCAGAAAGUAUUGAGCAGACGCAGACGUGAAUUGCCCUUAACUAAGAGAGAGGAUUUCAGUGACGAUACCUUGCAUGUGCUGAAUGGAAGCGAAAGAAUGCGUCGCUCUGUGAAUAAAAGACGAAAUUUUCGUAGGAGUAGAGAGGUGCGCGAGGCUAAAGGGACGGCGGAAGACACAGAAAAGGAAAACACAAAUGAUGAAACAGGAAAGGCAAUACAAUCCGCCGAUGAGAAAGAUAAUGCAAAUAAAUCAAUUCAAAGCCAGGCGCCGGACGCUAAGAACUCUGAACAUCCGAUGGGUAAACGAGCGGCCCAUAAUGUGGAUGACGUAGCGGAUAACAACAGCGAUAAACGAAAAAUGAUAGAAACUGGAAUGCUAUUGGUAGAUAACAGAAACUUUGCACCAGCGCGAGCGUCUGAAGAUCUUUCGAUGGGUCAAAGGGAUGAACCCCCAAUGAGACAAGGUGAAAACUACAAUGAAGAACGAAAAACCAUUGACCCUGCCUUGUUCGCAGACUAUUUAAACCGAAUGCCGGUUGACCAGCUGGCAGGUCCUACAGCACCCGGGAGACGAGAAUCUCGCCUCAAAAGCGAUGAUAAUCAAAGAGCUACUGAUACGGCAUUUCGAAGAACUGAACCGCUCGACGACGCAGCUGUUAUUGCGGCGGAUCGUAGAGCUAUGAAUGCUGCACGGGCCGCUUAUAUUAGAAGAGAAGGAAGAAAUGGUGCCAACAAUAAAGAACCACUUGAAAUGGACUACAGAGAUCUGAUGGCGCGAUUAAGACGACUCUCACUACGCAAUCGUGAACGCGAGAGGGAGCGAAAGCGGGAGAAAGAACGUGAUUUUAGCAACUCAGUUGGCGAGUUCGGGAAUCAACAGUUCGAUAAUCUUAAGCAGGUCGACCAAUAUGCUCAAAAUUUCGAUGGAAUGCCAGUCGAUAAUCUUUGGUAUGGCAAUGAUCCAUGGGAAGAAGAUGGCGACAACGACAGCACGGACAACGACAGCAACAACAACAACAACAGUAAUAGUCCACAAGAAACCGAUUUACCUAAAACUGAAGAAAAUACAAAUAAAAAUCAGCCGAAUAAACAACGCACCGCACUGACGAUUAAAAUGGAAAAUGGCGCCAUCAAGAGUAUUGAAAGAAAAGAGGAACCCAAAGGAAAGGAAAACGACGCGAGUGUGGCGAAUGAGAAAGCCGGAAGCGAAGAAGAGGAGGGCAAUGAUAAUCGGGAGUCCUCACCUUUUGGCUGGUUUGGUAAGAGUAAAAAUAAAGCGAGCAACAGUAAAAGUGCAGAAGAUGGCAUGGUAUUGAAAGUGAACGAUCAAGUGCUCAACUGCACAGCGUUUAAUACAUUGGAGGGUUUUCUGAAAUCAGUGCAGCAGCAAAAUAAGGAAGUCAGUGACCGAAAGACUGAUGAGAGUGUAAAUGGCGCGGCUAGCGGUAAUGCUACCGCUAAGAGUCAUAAUGGUAACUGUAUAGACCGGCAAAGCGUUGGAGGCCACAAGCAAGGCAGUGGUGGACAGGGAAACGAGCAACAAGGUGCAAACGGGCACAGACACGGCGCGCAUGAAGAUGUCGGAAGGGGAGGGGGAGGCAAUUGGCCAGCACAUGGAGGUGGUGAACGCGGUGGAGAUGGUCAUAGCGGUAAGGAUCAUGGAGGCAGUAAUGAAAAUGAAGCUGGUGGACAGUCACGUGGUGGCCAUACAGACGCCACUCAUGGCUGGUUUGAAGGCGGAAGCAAUGGUAUGGGCAAUGACAAAAAAAUAUGUGGUGGAAAUAGUGGCGAUGGUGGCGCUGGAGGUGCUAGUGGCAGUGGGCCCGCUGCGACUAACUACGGUCCGACCAGCAACGACGGUAAUUCUUCUGAUAAUUUGAGCAUGGAAACAAUUAAUAUGACUGUUGAAAUCCAACCAGUUACGCAGCGCCCAACGGGUGCGUACGGCCAGAAGGCGAUGAAGCUGAAUAUUACCAUAAAUGCAAGCGUCAUGGGCGAUCAGAAGGCGAAGAACUUUUUUGGCAAUGGCACGUUCAAAGUGCAGAGCGAAGAGCGCGAACGCCGUGGAAUUUCCUUUCCUCAAUUCGCGCCAUUCAAGCGGUAUGCAACAAAGCGAAAGUGUACCAAGCCGAAGGUGAGUUGCGACGAAGCGUCCAUGAGCGGGCGGGGAGCUGUGGACGUCAUUACGUCUAUAUUUAACAUGGCGAAAUGCAAUCCUCAAAUGAAAUCCUUAUGGGCCAGUUUGAAGCACAAUCAACAAUGCAUGAAGAAGGCCCCACCAGAGACCGGCUUUGAGAAAAUGCAAAAAGAUGACGUCAAUCACAUCGAAGACAUGGUUGAGCAGGCAAUGGAGGCCAUCAGUGACAUAAUCGACGACCAAGUAGAGCAACGCUCCUGCAUACCGCUGCCGCCCGAGCUGAAAAUUUUCUACGAGCAGAUUUUAGAUGUCUUUGAGAGUAACUCCGCGGAAGGUGUGCGCGAGAAGCGCGGCAGCUUUGAAAGUCCAUUCGUAGAGUUCAGUAAAGAAGUGCGUCUCAUUGACCCCAAUCGCGUUGAGCAGCGUUCGCGUAUCGUUAAGAAACUGCUACGUGAAUACGACGAUUUACCUGCUGGGGAACAGCAGCAGAUGGUUGGCGUGCGUAAUGAUUUGCUGCAGAACCUUGGAUUUUUGGAAAGCAUAAAGGAGGAGCAGACGCAGAGAAAGCGGGAGCAGGCACAACAACAGCAGGUGCUGGAACAACAGCGAGAGGCGGAGCCGGAACAGCAGCGGGCGCUGCCGCAACAGGUGCAAGUGCCAGCGAUGGCUGAUACUGAAGAAUCUGAGAGUGAAAUGCAAGCCCGACGGCAACGAGAAUUGUUGAAACAGUUGGAAGAGGAAAAGGCUGACGAUGAAGAGGCGUUAAAAGCGUACAAUCUACCAUACACGCCCGAAUUUUUACGAUUGUUGAAGGCGUCUGAAUUGAUGCAAGAGCAAGACAUAAGAGAAUAUUAG